GGCGUUUUAUGUAAAUCUCGUGAUUUUGAUCGAUUUCGCGAUGUGCCGACAUCUCUACUGCUGAACUUUGUCUGCACCGUCACGUCAUCCCGACGAUCCCGCACCGAAUCUGAGGUGCGCGAGAUGAAUCCGAGGCAAAGGCAAAGUUGCGGGAAUCUAUUAUACUUCACACGUUAUUUCCGAAAAGGGUCGCACGCAAGCACCCAUAUUUAUCCUGUGCGCCAACUUUCGGGGCUCGGAGUAUGCCGGGGUUCUUUGUAACCCUCCCAGUUGUUGUUACAUUUACAGUUCGCAUUCCUCGAUCGGCUUGGGACUGUCCAUCUCAAGUCCUCCUACUCUACUAAAACGCUGCAACAUGCCGAAUUUGCGAAGCGAACCUCUGCACAUCGGAGGUUCGUCGGUGGAAGUCACCGAGCCUGCCUUCGGGGAUUCUCCAGGAAACUUGACGCCUCCCCAGCAACAUCCGCACGGCAGUCGCGAAAUUCAAGUCCCGCUCCCAAAUCAGUCAGCUCUAAAGAGAUCCAAUUUGGAGAUUGGGCCGUCAGUGGACGGAGUACUCGACUCGAAAAGUUUACCGCCACUGGAUGAUUUAAUCGCACAACAUCCGGAGUUGGGGGAUAGGUUAGAUGAAGCAUGGGAGGCUCAAUCGUUCAAGGAGAUACGAAACUUGGAAAUUCUUCUUCCAACCGCCCAGCCUGCGGGUCCUCCCGACCCUGAAGCGAUACUUGAUUCUCAAUCAUCCGAAGAUGCGGCGGUCAAGUCGUGGUCUUCCAAAUACAGAGGAGACGCUGCCAACAUUCUUUACCAUCCUCUGGCAUGGGGAAAUCGCGAAUGGUCGACGAGUUCUCCAAGAAGCACUUUGUAGUCCCCUUCAAUCUCCGUCAGGGAGCUGAAGGAUAUCCGGCUCCUGACCAUGAUGUCUUGAAUUGGUUCACAAGGAUUGGCCUUAAAGAGCAGGAAAGCGAUACUCGUUUCAGCGCAUUUCUCACUGCAUUGUUCGAG